AUGCGCAUACUACGAGUAUGCGGUUGUUUACCAUGUGAUAGCCCAUCGGUCAGAGCGGUUGACGAACGUGAUCCAACACAAAGAUUACAGAUAUCUUCCCCUCCUCGACCAUCCACAAUGUCUUUGCAAGAGAGAUUCGAACAAGCUACCAUUGACGUCAAGAAACUCAAUAAAUGCGACAAUUCAGAGAAACUUGAGUUCUACGGCUUGUUCAAGCAGGCAAAAGGCGAGACUUUUGACCCGAAAAGCAAACCCAGCGCUUUUGCUUUUGAGGCCAAGUACAAACACCAGGCUUGGGAAAAAGUCAGCCACCUCUCCGUCGAAGAAGCGCAAGAACAGUAUAUCGAACUUUUCGAGAAACUUAAGGCGAAAUAUGGUUUGAGCGAUGAGUAA